CAAAACUCAGCUGCGGUCAACCGAUCGCGUUUCACACCUUAUAGGCGUUAAAUCAACGUCGUUUAGGGGACAAACAGCCCCUAAGAACUUUUUUAAUUCUUUUCUUCAAUCUUUUUUGAACUGUUAUAAUUGUAUUGAUUUUGUCGAGGUUUAUUUUUUCACUUGUGUGGUUGCUAAUCAUGGAGUUGUAAAGAUGGCGUCCGUUGAAUUUCGAGUCUCACCUUCGCCAAAAGGGGCGACCUUUAGGUCUAAAACGUUAUUUUCUCUCUGGGGGGUAAAUGUCACAGGAAAUUUCAGAGAACAUGGACAGGAAAACCGGUAACCGCACCUCAUCAGUACCACCAAAAGGAAACGGAAAUGAAAACAAAAAAUCUGACAGUGGCUCUCAGAAACAGUAUUCGAGAACACCAAAGAAGCAUGAGGGAUACAGUAAUAGAUCCCAGAAUGAACAAGGGGUGCGAAGGCCAACUCCGCAGAAAAGUCGGGGGAUGGAGGAUAAACGCCCUAGAUCCCGUGGGACCUACAGGGAAAGAGAAAACCUGAGUGAUCAGUACCAAGACUACGACAAUGUCUUGAAUUCCCGUCGAAAGGUGAACCUGAACCACCUGCUGAACUUCAGCUAUAGUGAACCAGAACGUCGUCAUGGUGAUGGUUAUGGGGUUUCUUCACACAGGUCUCGAGUCAGGAGUCUCCGAUACAACAAAGAACAGUUUCUACAGGCUAAUUGCCAGUUUGUUGUGAAUCGGAAGGCGGACUACACAAUACACAAUCAUAACCCUGAUACAUUGGUGGACUGGGAUUCUGUUGAACUAAUUAGAGUCCAGAGCUCUGAGAAGUCGUCCUGUCCUAUAUGUCUGCAAGCACCUAUCGCUGCCAAGAUGACAAGGUGCGGUCACAUCUACUGCUGGGCCUGUAUCCUGCAUUACCUUGCCCUGGGGGAAAAGACUUGGCGGAAGUGUCCUAUCUGUUACGAGUCUAUACAUGACAAGGAUCUCCGCAGUGUUGAGAGCAAGGAGGUUCACCAGUACAAGGUAGGGGAGACAAUCACACUACGGUUGAUGAGGCGUCAGAAGGGAAACGUUUAUGCCCUACCAAAGUUCUGUAAGGAUAAAGAGCUUGGCAAAUUCUUCUCGGUUCAAGAUUCGGACCAGAAGACACGGUACAUGAAGAUACUUCUGGCUUCUGAGGAAGAGAUCAGAAAGCGAGUACUAUUGGUUGAGAGGACUGCCCUUGAGACCCAGAAAGUGGAUGCCGAGGACUCGGAGAUGCCUUUUAUUGAUGGUGCUCUUGCAAUGCUUAAGGCGAGAGAAGAGAUUAACCAGGGCAUGAUGUCUGCGAAAGUAAAGACAUCAAAGGCUAGGAAAUCUGAAAGUGAGAGUAUUGAAACCCCAGAAAAACCAUCGCAAGAUAAAAAGGCUACAAAAAUAUACAAAUCUGCAUUCUCUGACGAGGAAGAUGAAACUGCAGAUGAAGAAAAUAAGGAGAGAAGCUCAUCUGACGGCAGUUUAGAAUCCCCGAAAGGUUCACCACACUCAGAAAAAAGAAGCAGUGGAUCGUCGAUGGACAUUCCUUCUGUAGAUGUGUCCAACAAUUCUGUUCUUCAAGUAUUGCCCGAAAUGUCUGGAUCCCCUGAGAAUCCGUGCACAGCAUUGGCCCCAGGGGUGCUGGCUGACACUAUGCCAGCAGAGGAGGCCGCGGAACAUCUGGAGAUGCCAGCUCACCCAGAUGUAGUAUCUCCCAGUAGUAGAGACAGUGUUGAUAAUGCAUUCUACUUCUACCAGGCGGAGGAUGGACAGCAUAUUUACAUGCAUGCCCUGAAUGCCCGCUGUUUGGUGAAGGAGUACGGUGCCCUUCAGCAUUGUCCUGAUACCAUCACUGCUACCAUUGUGGAAAUGGAGAACAUCUUCAUGACAGAGGAUCUACGAAAAAGGCUGCGGUACCUGGGACAUCUGCCGCUCACCUGUGAGUUCCAGGUGGCUGAGCUAGCAAUCAAGCCCCCAGUCCUGUCUAAGGAUACACUGAAAUUCUUUUCAGAGGACAUAGAAAAACGCCGCCGCACCAGACAGAGGAAGCACAGAGAGGAGAAACGCCGGUCCAAAAAAAUCCAGGACGAUGAAAAGAAAAAGAUGGGCAUAACUCCUGGAAUGACCAUUGUGCAUAGUCAGUUUGUACCCGGGGUGAUGUCAGAAAAUCGACCGUCUUCACCAGCAGCCCGUAGUGACGACAGUAAUGCAUCCUCCUUGGCGUACUCCCCACUAAACAGUCCAGCCAGUGGAUCGUACCUGAACCCCCUGAGUCCAGAUUUUCACCCUCAUACCGAGGACACAGAGGUGGAUGGUGACCAGACAACCAAUGUAUCAUUUGCCCAGAUGUUAAAGGCUGGAAAGCGCCAGGUGCCGGUGUGGCCAAAGGCAGCAAGAGGCAGGGGACCCAGCACCUGUCCGUGGGAUUCUGAAGACAAGGUACCCGUCCCGGAGUACCACAACUCCUUCGGGGAUGCUUUUCAGACCGCCCUCGACAAUCUGAACCAACUUCCACCAAAAGGUGAUGUAGAAGCUACUCCACCACAGCCUACCUCCAGUGAUAAGAAGAAAAAGAAACAGAAGAAACUACUUCUAUUCUCAACAUCUAUGGCUCGUGGAGGCAAGUAGGCCUUAUGAACGGCGAUAAUAGCAGGAUUUGUCCACUGCCAAUGUAUGACUGCCCUAGCGAUAGAGCAAGAGCACAAGUUACACAAACAACAACGUUGAGAAGUGAAAAUCGAUUGAGUCUCGCAGAAAAAGUUUUGACUUAUUGUUGGAGUAGUUUGAAGAUUUUGAGAAAAUGUAUGUUUCAUGAUUAGUUGUAAUUCAGAAAUUGUGAUGAAAUAACUUUAAAAAUCUGAUAUGGACAUUUGGAUGCAUGCUGUAGAUGGGUAAGGUGAUGGUAUUGUGUAUUCCUGUAAUGUAUGCUAAACUUGUGCUAUAACCCUUCUAUCCAUGGACUUUAGAGUCAGCAGAUGCUGAUUGACUGAUGGAAGAUAUUCUGAUUGGUCAGUACUCUAUAUGAAUAAAUAUCUUGUUAUUAUUUAUUGCUGCUUUUCAACUAUAAUUCAUUUUUGCACAUGCUUUGACAGAGUUGUCCUCACAGCUGAAAAUAUGAUUAAAAACAAAUCAAAAGCAGCAAAAAGUUCACAUGUACAUUUUAAUACGAGUUUGAAAACUUCUUUGAAAUGAGUCCGGCAUUGAAUUAUAAUGAUAUAAUCACAUGGAUACAUUUGUAACUAAAAAAGUUAAUAAAUAAUUUAUAUUGAUAUGAAAACCAUACCUGGGUAGCUAUGAAUCAAAUACUUAAAAGCUAUGUUUUCCAUAGUUAAUUCAAGCAUAGACAAUUUAUGUGCAUUAUUGAUAGGUUGAAUGGUUAAGGAUGUUGAUAUUUGAUGACUAUUCAUGUGAGAUUAGGUUAUGCUUGGUGUGAUGUUUAAUCUAUUAAAGCUACUGCCAGCCUGUCUAGACUAAACCUUCCUGUUUAGAAUUAUUUUGUCUAAGAAUUUUUUAGGCCUACUUUUUAACAUUUUCAUCUCCAACUGUCACUUGUUAAUUGUGCUGUAGAAAUUGAUACAGAUUACAACAGGAUUUUCAGAUUUGAUCACUGAAUGUCUGCCUCGUUGAUUAUUAUAGUAAUUUAAUUGUUAUAUCAAUAUCUGUAAACUUUGGUUUAACAGCACUGGUUUUUAUGUUGUUAUUGUUGUUAGUUUUUACUCCAGCAUUCAGAACAAGCACUACAAGUUGGAAAUGACAUGUAAAUGUGAUGUAUGUCAAAUAAUAACAUAUGUCGAGUAAUGACAUGUUAAUAUGAUGUAUGUCAUAAUGACAUAUGUUAAGUAAGGACAAGUUAAUAUGACGUAUGUUGAGCAAUGUCAUGUUGUAUAAUGACGUAUAUCAAAUAAUGACGUAUGUCAAAUAAUGGCGUAUGUCGAGUAAUGAUGUAUGUCAAAUAAUUACGUAUGUUGUCAAAUAAUGACAUAGUUAUGAUGAGUAAGGUCAUGCUAUUUCUAUGUCUACUUAACAUAUUCAAACUUAUAUGUAAACACAGUUCUGAAUGAACAACAGGAGUUCGUCUGUUGCUCAAUAAGGAAUAAUUCUAUUUUCUCAAACUUUUGAAUUGACCAUUCAGUGAUUCAUCCUUACAUCUAGAUUGACAUUCAAAUUUUUUCGCAUCAAACAAUGCUGCCAAUAUCCGCAACCUACAGCAAUGUUCACUUGAUAACGAAAAUCUGUUACUUUUCUGAGUAAGACAAUUAAAUAUGUAUAACUUUGAUACGUGAAAUUUGAACAUCACAAAUUUAGGAGUUUGUGGAAUAAAUUAUGAGAGUUUGACCAUGUUAAGUAUUGAUGUGAAUAAACUAUUUUGUAUUAUCAAACAAUUGUAUACCUUGCUCAGACAUUGGCAAAAUUUUCAUUUUAUUACGUCCACUGUUGUUUGCGAAUUAAAUGUAACCGCCAAAGUAAAGAUUGUUAGCAGGGAAGUCAUUUUAUUACAAGGCUUCAGUCAGAUUGUGGGAUAGUUAACUUGAUAAAGCUCAUUUUUCUCUUUGUAGAAGUAAUGCAUGUACCCAUCCAAGAAUUGUGAAUUGAUUUGCCUGCAAGUUAGGAUAUCAACUGUUUCAUAUUGUUGAAAAUCUUUGUUCUAUGUCUUGCAAGACAAGAAUUAUUUGUCCAUUGGUAUCUACAUUGGUAACAGGAGUUUGUCUGUUACUCAAUACGUCAUCACUUUGUAUGGAAUUCCAGUCAUUCUAUCCAUGUAACCCUGCUCUAGUUUGUUGUUUAACUGCCCUUCCUGUAUUUCAUCGCUGAGUUUAUUAAUAAAAAAUCUAAACUUCA